AGCAAAACAUUGCAACGCUGUGUGUAUGGUACGACUUUACGUGCGUAAUAAAAACAGGUUUUCCACAUACGACAGAUAAAAACAGACGUGAAAAUGGCUACUAAUUCACCACGAAGACAUGGAGAGGAAUCGUUAAAUGAUUCCUGGGUAGUUUUCAAUCAGGAAGGAGGUGAUGGCAACAGACCUCACUCUAUUUACAAUGGUAACAUGGAAAAGCUGUUGAUGGAAGCUCAGAGGGAGUCAAGAUCAACAUCAAGGGGAAGUUCUCAGGGAGGAAGCCCCAAAGGUCCACCCAGUCCGAAUGGCAGUGGUGCCAACAGUGCCCCAGGGUCUACCUACAGCAAUGGCUCAGACAGAUCACAGACGGCUCCUCUUCUACCCGGCUCUAGUACUGCUGUGGGUCAUGGUACAGAGUGGAUUUGGGAUUGGUCCAGCAGGCCGGAACCACUCCCUCCAAAGGAGUUUCGUUUCAAGCAUCCUGACCACACCCGGCUGAGUAUCCGCAAGUCCAAAGCGAUGAAAAGUAACUUCUUAUCGGCUGAAGUCCUGAGUGUGUUCAUUCCGUCCCUCAUCCUCACCAAUUUACUCACCUUGGGACUUGGUAUCUACAUUGGCCUACGUGUUAUUUCCCCACGAUCAAGUUGAGUAUCAAGUUUAGCAGCAUAAUGCAUUCAUCAAGGUAGCCUGUUCGAAUCCAACUAGUGCAAAAAAAACUACCAUUCAAGAGAUUUGUAAACAGUCUUAAGACAUGUCGCUACAAUCUGAUUUUAAACUCAAGAGUCUAACAAAAUAAAUGUGCUCCUGGUCAGGGUACGUUGCCAACAUUAUGUGCACUUCUUUCAUUUGGGCCCAAUGUCAUAAAGCUGCUAAGCAUAUAUUACAAAAAAGUCUUGCUUUACAAACAAACACAGGUUACCAGCCAAAUAAACAUGCAGUUUUCACUGGUAGUUCCUGACAGGUUCCCUGUCAAAUUUUGCUCAGCAAAUAUUUUUUUUUUAAAGGGAAGGUACACGUUUGGUAAUUACUCAAAACAAAUAUUAA